AUGCGCUCCAGCACUCUAGCACUCGCAGCCUCAGUCCUAGGCAUCUGCUCCGCAUCCGCAGAACUAGAAUGGAUCUCUAAUAACACUACCCUCCCCAAAGUCCUAAUCUGCAGCGCAGGCGGAACAAUCCUCUCGGCCUCAAACUACAGCCGUCUCGACAACAUCCACUAUGGUCUGGGCAAGGGUCCAACUGCGCAAGACCUAAUUGAGACAGUUCCUGAGGUGCUUGACGUCGCUCAGCUCGCUGUAAUCCAGUUCCCCGCGACAGGCGGAAGCGCUGGGCUUAAUUCGUCGCUGUACCUGAAUAUCACACAGCAUUUGAACCGCUACCUCUGCAGCCCGGACUCGGAUAUUGUGGGGGCCAUUAUGUUUCAUGGGACGAAUACACUCGAGGAGACGGCAUUCGGCGUCGACCUCACAUUCAACUGUUCGAAACCAUUCAUCGCGACCGGUGCCAUGCGACCAGAUACUUACAUCUCCCCCGACGGCCGUUCGAAUUUCUUCCAGGCUGUCGCGGCAGCAUCGUCACCGGCGUCGGCAAACCGAGGAGGUCUGAUUGUUUUUAAUGACAGAAUCACCUCAAUCUACUACUCCACAAAAGCCAACGCAAAUACCCCGGAUACAUUCAAGGCGAUCGAGCAGGGGAAUCUAGGUGCAUUCCUCGGUGGUCAGCCGUACUACUUCUUUGACCCUUCGUACCCCGUCGGAAGACCUCAUUUCAACGUCUCGGAUACGGUUGAGCUACCCUCUGUUAUUAUCCUCUACGGACACCAGGGCUUCGACGCAUCCCUGAUGUACGCCGCCGUCGCCAAUGGAGCCAAAGGUCUCGUUAUCCUCGGUCCCGGCGCCGCAGCCCUAAGUCCCUCCGCAAACGAAGCCGCAGCCGACCUCUUCGCACAGGGUAUCCCGACCGUCGCCGUCGCAAGACCCGUAACGGGGACUGGGGUUCCCGAUCUUUAUCCAGAGGCUGUUAUAUUUGCAGGCUACCUUGGCGCCGACCAGGCGCGGGUCCUUCUCCAGCUGGCUAUUAAUGCAGGGUAUGACCUUGAUGAGAUUAGGGAUGUUUUUGAGGGACCGUUGCGGAAGGCGCUUUAUACUUCGCCUGCUAGCUUGGAGUAUUACUAUUGA